ACUCUUUCACCAAAUCAGGUGAAUGUUUGCAGGGAAUGGUGGCUUUCUGUGUCUUACUACAGGAUUUAGGGUCUCCUGCAGCAUGGGACCAGUUAUGACAAGAUUUAGUAAUCUUAUAAAGAUUCUGGAUUAGGACCUCUUCUACUUGCUUCAUACACAGAAAUAACUGGUUUUGUUGGAGAUGGAGUCUGUUAACUCUCAAAGUAUGAAGGUUUUGGAGAGUUGGGCUCCAUUGGCUUUAGAGGAUGAGCCACAGCUGCUGGACUAUGUCAACAGAGUGGUCUAAGUUUGGGACAAGAGAUCUUCUACUAUUUCUGUGGGCAAUGGGGACUUCUUUUGGCAGAGCAAAGAAGAGAUGUGGCAGUGGAUGCAAACUCAUUCUGAUCAGGGAACUGAGAAACAUGAAGGAACAGUUACUUCCUCUGGGAUUACUGAUCAGGAAAAGGAGCUGUCAAGUAGUGCAUUACAAGCUUUUAAUGCUGGGAAUUAUGAUGCUUGUCUCCAACAUCUCAGCUGCUUGCAAGAAAUAAACAAAGAUGACUACAAAAUAACUUUGAAUACAGCUGUUGCAGAGUUCUGUAAAAGUAACCAGACUACAACUGACAACUUGAAACAAACACUUAAUCAACUGAAGAAUCAGGUUCAUUCAGCUGUUGAAGAAAUGGAUGGCUUAGAUGAUGUUGAAAACAGCAUGCUUUACUACAAUCAAGCGGUUAUUCUGUAUCAUCUGCGUCAAUACACUGAAGCAAUAUCAGUUGGAGAGAAGCUUUACCAGUUUAUAGAACCUUUUGAAGAGAAGUUUGCCCAGGCUGUGUGCUUCCUGCUUGUAGACUUGUAUCUACUAACUUACCAGGCUGAGAAAGCCUUGCAUCUGCUUUCUGUUUUGGAAAAAAUGAUUUUUCAGGGAAACAAUAACAAAAAUGGAAAAAAUAAUGAGAUAGGUAAUAACACAAAUAAGGAGUCAUCUAAUCAUAGAGCUGAAAGUGGAGCUUUAAUAGAAGCUGCAAAAUCUAAGAUACAUCAGUAUAAAGUGAGAGCCUAUAUCCAGAUGAAAUCUCUAAAAGCAUGCAAAAGGGAGAUUAAGUCCGUUAUGAAUACAGCUGGAAAUUCUGCUCCUUCUCUCUUUCUUAAGAGCAAUUUUGAAUAUUUGAGGGGCAAUUAUCGGAAAGCAGUAAAACUGUUAAACAGCUCAAACAUUGCUGAACAUCCAGGAUUCAUGAAAACAGGUGAAUGCUUAAGGUGCAUGUUUUGGAACAAUCUUGGCUGCAUUCAUUUUGCUAUGGGAAAGCACAAUUUAGGAAUUUUCUACUUUAAAAAGGCCCUGCAGGAAAAUGAUAAUGCAUGUGCACAACUAGGAACGGGUAGCACAGACCCAGGCAAGAAAUUUUCAGGGAGACCUAUGUGUACGUUGUUGACUAAUAAACGGUAUGAGUUGCUAUACAACUGUGGAAUUCAGCUUUUACAUAUUGGGAGGCCCCUAGCUGCUUUUGAAUGCUUGAUAGAAGCUGUCCAAGUCUACCACUCAAAUCCACGCCUCUGGUUGAGACUAGCAGAAUGCUGCAUUGCUGCCAACAAGGGGACGUCAGAACAAGAAACUAAAGGUCUUCCAAGCAAAAAAGGAAUUGUACAAUCUAUAGUAGGUCAAGGCUAUCACCGUAAAAUAGUCCUUGCAUCACAAUCAAUACAGAAUGUUGUUUAUAAUGAUGGGCAGUCCUCAGCUAUCCCUGUAGCCAGUAUGGAGUUUGCAGCGAUUUGUCUAAGAAAUGCCUUGCUGUUGCUGCCGGAAGAUCAGCAGGAGCCAAAGCAGGAAAAUGGAUCUAAAACUAACAACCAGUUGGGGGGAAAUGCAGAGAACAAUGAAAGCAGUGAAGCAUGCAGGCUCGAAGGUCACUGCUCGCAAUUAACAGGCUGUCUUCAUUUCAGCAGUAAAAGUCAUGAAGGAGAUAAAUUCAUUCCAGCUCCACCUUCUUCACCUCUGAGAAAACAGGAAUUAGAAAAUUUAAGGUGCUCAAUACUUGCCUGCAGUGCUUAUGUUGCUCUGGCUUUGGGUGAUAACCUUAUGGCUUUGAAUCAUGCAGAUAAACUUCUUCAGCAGCCAAAGCUGUCAGGAUCUCUUAAGUUUCUUGGCCAUUUGUAUGCAGCAGAGGCUCUCAUCUCUCUAGACAGAAUCUCUGAUGCCAUUACUCACUUGAACCCUGAGAACGUCACUGAUGUUUCCCUGGGGAUCUCUUCAAACGAGCAGGAUCAAGGGUCAGACAAAGGAGAAAAUGAGGUGAUGGAAUCUUCUGGCAAGCAGACACCCCAGUGUUAUCCCAGUUCAGUCACUUCUGCACGAACAAUGAUGUUGUUUAACCUUGGCAGUGCUUACUGCUUGCGAAGUGAAUAUGAUAAAGCUCGCAAGUGUCUCCACCAGGCUGCUUCACUGAUCCAUCCCAAAGAAAUUCCCCCGGAGGCCAUUCUACUGGCUGUGUAUCUUGAACUACAGAAUGGUAACACUCAACUGGCACUGCAGAUAAUCAAAAGAAACCAGCUUCUCCCUUCAGUGAAAACACACACUGAUAUGCGAAAGAAGCCAAUAUUUCAGCCAGUCCACCCUAUCCAGCCCAUUCAGAUGCCAGCUUUCACCUCUGUUCAGAGGAAAUGAAGUCUUGCUAUAACCUGACGGGCCCUAUAGAGGAGGGCUUGUGAGUUUGUAUAUUUUUUAAACUCUCUAUCAGCCACCAGAAUACCAGGCAUAUUGGAAUGUGCUGGCUUGUGUACAUUUUUAAUUAAAAAAAAUUCAAUGAAAAAA